UUUGUGUUUGUUCUGUUUAGAUACCUCUAAAAUCAGUAACUUCAAUUGUUGAUGGGUUAAAGAAAUUAUACAUUGAAAAACUGAAGCCUUUGGAAGUGACCUAUCAAUUCAAUGAUUUCGUUUCUCCUCUAUUGACGAAUAGUGAUUUUGAUGCCAGGCCAAUGGUCAUGCUCUUGGGUCAAUAUUCUACUGGAAAAACAACAUUUAUAAAGCAUUUGCUGAAAUCUACAUACCCAGGUGCUCAUAUUGGACCUGAACCGACAACUGACAGAUUUGUUGUAAUUACUUCGGGACCGGACGAAAGAAGCAUUCCUGGGAACACAAUUGCUGUGCAAGCCGACAUGCCAUAUGGUGGCCUUACGGCAUUUGGAAGUGCAUUCCUAUCAAAAUUUGAGUGCUCGCAGAUGCCACAUCCUCUGUUGGAGCACAUAACAUUUGUGGAUACUCCUGGUGUUCUAUCUGGCGAAAAACAAAGGACACAACGUAGCUACGAUUUUACUGGUGUCACGUCAUGGUUUGCAGCAAAAUGUGACCUCGUGCUUCUUUUGUUUGAUCCUCACAAGCUCGACAUCAGUGAUGAGUUCAAACGGGUAAUUGGAUCUCUGCGUGGGCAUGAUGACAAAAUUCGUGUUGUUCUUAAUAAGGCAGACCAAGUUGACACCCAACAGCUAAUGAGAGUCUAUGGAGCAUUGUUGUGGUCGCUUGGAAAAGUACUUAACACCCCUGAAGUCAUGCGUGUUUAUAUUGGUUCCUUUAAUGACAAACCAGUAAAUGAAGCUGCCAUUGGUCCAAUUGGGAAGGAACUGUUUGAGAGAGAACAAGAGGACCUGCUUUCUGAUCUGAAAGAUAUUCCUAAGAAGGCUUGCGACCGCCGUAUCAAUGAAUUUGUCAAGCGUGCAAGAGCGGCCAAAAUUCAUGCUUAUAUAAUCAGCCACUUGAAGAAGGAAAUGCCUGCAAUGAUGGGCAAGGCCAAGACUCAGCAGAGACUCAUAGAUAACCUCGAGGAUGAGUUUGCGAAGGUUCAAAAGGAGUUCCAUCUACCACCAGGGGAUUUUCCAAAUGUCGAGCAGUUCAGAGAGGUUUUAAGUGGCUACAACAUCGACAAGUUCGAGAAGCUAAAGCCAAAGAUGGUGCAGGCUGUGGAUGAUAUGCUCGCAUUUGACAUCCCAGAACUCCUCAGAAAAUUCAGAAAUCCUUAUGAAUGAAAAGGCAUCGCAAAUGCCUAACCGUGUAUUUUUUUUAUAUUCUUUUUUCACCAAGAAAUUAUUGAAAACAGGUUCCAUGGGGAGAUGUAUUUGCAUCAUGAGAACAUACAAAGUUUAAGCUCUGUCUCAAUCAAAUAUUCAUUCUUUUUUAUGUUGUUGUAAAGUUGUUUAAAAUUUGAGGCCAUGAUAGUUUUGUACACAUACCUCAAAGGUAAUUUGUAGUUACUGAACACACGGAGUUAUACUGUGAUCUUAAUAUUUCUGCUUCUGCUGUAAA